AUGGCCCUGUUUGGAUACUCUAACUCAGUUAGAGGGUUAGAUGGAGCACGGAUACGGCGAGGCGCCUUCACGGGCGGUGCGAGAGGGAGGGAGGGAAAGGACAAGAAGCUUCGAGGAAGUGAGGAGGGAUCUGCCUCGGGAAGAACAAGAGAAAAGGUGUUUUUUAGUGGUGGGCCCAACAGGUCGGUGGCCCACCUGUCAUGCAACCAAAGACAGCUUUGUAAUGCCCCAGUCCUAAUAAAGCGAGAGAUGGUUGUGCACGAGGAGGGCGAGAUCAUGCAGACGGAACAGGACCCGACGAUUGAGCUCUCUAUGGUCUCGAUGGACCUCACCUUGCUCCACUACCCCUUGUGCCUCUGCCCCUUGAAGCCUCCAGUGUAUGAGUGCAAGGGAGGGCACCUGGCUUGCGCGGACUGCCGCGUCGAGCGCCCCGGGAACCAGCGGCAGUGCCAGAAGUGCGAGCGCGACGGUGGCGUCGACGUGCGGAACAUGGUGGUGGACGCCGUCCUCUCCUUGGUGAGGGUGGAGUGCCCGCAUGAAGGCUGUGGGCUCUACGUCACUUACCACAAGCUCGCCGAUCACCAGAGCGUGUGUCCGCUCGCGCCCUCCAAAUGCCCCGUGCCCGUCUGCGGCUACGAAGGCCCGCCGCCGGUGUUCUCCCACCACAUCAACACCGUGCAUCCCAUGCCCGUGCACAGGAUGCAGUAUGGGGCGUCCCCACUGCCGCACUACGUGGCCAAGUUGUGGGCGAACGGCCCGCCGGGGGAGCCCAAAGGCAGGACCGACGCCGUCAAGGUGGAAAUGGAGGUGACAAGAAGCAGGGAUCCCGGCGACGUCGCCGUGCAGGAGCUGGCCUUCUUCACAGUUCCGCCCAAGCUGCUGGCCGGGGCUAAGCUGGUGUCCCUCCACAUUCAGAUUGACAAGCUCACGUCCUAA